AUGUCUGCCUCCAAGCCAAUCGACCCGCAAUCAGGCACCGGCGUCCCCCGUUGGCAGCUCGCUCUGCUGUUCGGCGCGCCCAUAGUGCUCGGGGUGAGAGCCGUGUAUCUAUGGAACAGCAUGAGUCGUUUGGAUCGUGCCCGAGAGGCAAAUAAAAAAGGCAACAGAUACUUUAAGGCGGCCAAGUACGAGAGCGCCAUCCAGUGUUACACAGAGGCCAUUGAACUCUGCCCCACUGUACAGAAGAGCUACCUGUCGGUGUUCUAUAACAACCGAGCGAAUGCGUAUAAGAAGCAGAUGAAAUGGACUGAGGUGUCGCAAGACAGCUCACAGGUACUAAUGCUCUACCCAGUGAACUUCACAGCUUUCAGCAAUAAGUGGCAAGCUCAUGGGAAACUGGACAAUAAGAAAGAAUGCCUGGAAGAUAGCAUCGCUCAGUCUAUCCCGGAGGACGAGCUGAACGAGGAGCGCAUGAAGUUCCCUAUGGGAAAUAAGAAACGAGGGUGGAUGAUGCCUUCUCCUCAGUACAUCAAAUCCUACUUUGGUUCUUUCACCGAUGACAUCAUCUCGCAGCCGCUGCAGAUGGGCAAGAAGAAAGAUGAAGACAAGGACAAUGAGGGCGAGGCCUCCGAGGUCACAGCUAGUUCGGGCUACCUGAAAGCCAAGCACUAUAUGGAUGAGGAGAACUACGAUAAAAUCAUCAGCGAAUGCACUAAGGAGGUGGACUCAGAGGGCCGCUACAUGGCUGAGGCGCUGCUCCUGCGCGCCACCUUUCACCUGUUGACUCGCGACAACGAGGCCGCUGAGGGCGACUUGAACCGCAUCAUCAAUAUGCAGGAAGCCAACGUCAAGCUGCGUGCCAACGCUCUCAUCAAGCGUGGGAUCCUGUACAGACAGGAUAUCCGACACUUGGCUGCCAAAAAGCACUUCAACAUCGCAGCAGAGAUCGACGCAUGCAAUCCCGAUGUGUACCAUCACAGCGGGCAGCUUAAAAUGGACCUGCGCCUGGUGGAUGAAGCUGUAGAAGACUUUGACAAAAGCAUCCUGCUCAGACCUGACUUUGCUCUCACCCAGGCGCAGAGGUCCUUCGCUCUGUACAAACAAGCAUACACCGAGCUCUGCCCAUCCAAGACACACGUUCAGAAAGCCAUGGAUGGAUUCGAGGACGUUAUCAAAAGGUUUCCCACUUGUGCAGAGGGCUACGCACUAUACGCUCAGGCUUUAACCAAGGAGGGACGCUUCAGAAAGGCAGACAAGAUGUACGACAAGUGUAUUGAAGUGGAACCAGACAACGCCAACUAUUAUGUUCACAAAGGAUUAUUACAGCUCCAGUGGAAACGAGGCAUGGACUCAAGAAGCUUGUGUGGGUUGGCCCUGGACCUAAUCAGAGAAGCCAUCAAAAUCGACAACAAAUGUGCCUUUGCUCGCGAAUCAUUGAGAUGUGUCAAACAUCCAUGGAGUAACAAAAUCAGAAUGUCCACCGAGGAUGAAACGGCGAAUGACGUGUGCACUUAUUACUUCCCGUUCAACCGUCACACAGAGCGCCACGAAGCGUACACCCACAGAGAGGUAUUCAGGAAAGUACUGCAUCAGCUUGUCACUGAGGCUCCCAAUGGCAUCAAACUCAACAUGAGCGCCACCUACUCUAAAAUCUCCCAUGAAAUGAUGGCUGGAUGCCCACAUCUUCACGUGGGAGGAGGCCCGGUCGCUGAAGUCGGAGCUCGGAGCGUGCAACUGUAG